UUCAAGGCUUGUCCGUAAAAUAUAUCCCCGCUUCAUAGUGCGUCUUCACUUGCGAAACUUAAUAGUUGUCAUCGAAACCUUCUUCGUUUGUUUCAGCCGCUACACCUGCCUUAUUCGACCAGUAAAGUAUGAACGUAAACGAUUAGCAUUAAUUAUCUUCGUCAAUUCGUCAUUUUUUUAGCAAUUACGUCAUGAGCUUUAACACGUGGAUGUCUAUCGAUGCUGUUAGCGGUCUUUUUUCAGCGGUUCUAGUUCAGUUUUACAGAGUUAGCAUGCGUGUAACUUUAUUUGAGAGUUCUGCCAUCCGAUCUGGUCGAAUCGCUGAUAACCAGUUUUAUGACCUUCACAGAAGCUGUUGCUCGAGAGCGAAAUUUAACUUGGUAAGGCUUCUCUUCUUUGAGUGUGAAAUGUGUGCUAUGUGUGCUAUAAUUUUCAUAAAUCGUUAGACACUCACUUAUUUAUGUGAGAGCCAAGGGGUAUUCUGACGAUUAAAGAGAGCUGUUGUCUUCUUAUUGAGGUAGAGACUGAUAUAAAGUUUAAGCCGUUUAUAAAAGAAAUUACACAACACUCGCCUAGCUUUAAUUUUUUUCACUUAAGAAAUGAGCGAUAUAUCAAAGUUUAAAGGAGGUUUGUAGGGUAAUCGGGAGGAAAGUUGAACCUUGGAGCAUUUCCGCACGAAAGUUCUAUUCUGUAAAAUGAUUGUAGUGUCGAAGCCCAAUCUCGUAAGGCAAUAAAAUUCAACCUGGGAGGAGAAAAAGCUAAGGGAGGGAAAUUUAUCAUUGCAAUGUUCGCAAGCACAAUUCUCCAGCACAUUUUUCGUUUCCUUUUCGUUCCAAGAUCCAUUCGAAGUAAAAAUGGAAAUUAGUAACGAUUCUGAAUGAUUCAAUUAGGUAGCAGCCUUGUCAAUAAGUUAGCAAUCGAUGCAUCAGUCUAUCUCUUUUUGCUAAUCCAUACCUCAUGCUUGUAGGUUAUCUUUCCCAUUGUUUUUUAUUUAGUUAUUAAAUUCAGAAUGUCCAACGAAGCAAGUUACCAAAGGCUGUCAAGUGAUGGAGAUGGUACAAGCUCUUUUCAUCCUGCUGAAUCUGCAAAUUGGUUAUCAUUACUAUCCUUUUGGUGGAUGAACGGUACAUUCAGAGUGGGAGCAGAGAGACCCUUGACACACGCUGAUAUACUGCCUCUUCAUGAAGAAGACAGGACCAGAGAUUUGACUGAGAACCUGCGGAAAGAAUGGAACAAACACGUACAUGAACUCAACAAGGAUAAAGCAUGUAAAGAACAACCCAGGCUCUGGAAGUGCAUCUUAAAGACCGUAACCACAAGGGAGAUUUCCGUCCUGACAUGUUUUUUGAUCUUGGAGUCAGUAUGUCGUGUGUUACAGCCCUUAUUCCUAGGGUUGCUCCUUCAUUUGCUCCGUUUAACUGAGAAAGACUACUCGUUAGCAUAUGGAUGCUGUUUUCUGCUGGCAUUAAGCGGCUUAUCCACAGCCUGUAUUCACUAUACUGGGUUUCGGUUAGAACUUCUUGGAAUGCGACUCAGCAGUGCUAUUAAAGGUCUUAUAUACCUCAAGAUACCUUUGAUCAGUAAACAGACGCUUCGAAAAGUGACAAGUGGAAAUGUCAUCGACUUAAUUUCAAAUGACGUUCAAAGAAUUGAAAUGGCGCCCAGAUGGAUAUUCACUUCAACUCUAACUAUGCUCGAAAUUGCAGCUGUCAUUUCCUUGUUGUUUUACCUCAUCAGCUGGGAAGCGAUAAUGGGAGUUUUCUACCUUGUAGCUGUGAUUCCGUGUGUCAUGAUUAUUUCAUCCUUAUGUGCUCAGCUGAGGCAGGAAACAGCCGCCGUGUCCGAUCAUCGCCUAUCGAUGAUGAUUGAACUGAUAUCAGGCAUACGCGCAAUUAAGGCUAAUGCCUGGGAGAACAAUUACGGGGAUAGGAUUCAAGAAGUGAGAAGGAAGGAGACCUGGAUCCUCCUAAAGAAGGGAGCUCUUUUAUCAAUUGUGGAAUCUCUUCCGUUUACUGCAGGGACUGUAGCCACUUUUCUGUCUGUCUUAGCUCUCAGCCUCGAUGGCCAUCUAAUUUCGUCUGCCAAGGCGUUCAUGUUGUUGGCUUUUAUUAACACACUUCGAAUUACUAUCACAAGACUUUCUUAUGCUAUCACCUCAGUAUUUGAGUUGCGGAUAUCUUUUAGAAGAAUCAGAAACUUUCUUUUACUGAAAAAUAUCCCUUCGUUGAGCUUGGAGACCUCUGAGGCGCCCCCUGGCAACCAAGAUCAUUUUCAAGAAUCUAAAAACAAUUUCCCAGCGCUUUAUGGCAGAGGAUCUCUAGGAACAGAAAUUAAAAAUGAAGAAAAAAGAUCUAAAAAUCAAGACUUCAAUGAUUACAUUCCUCUUAACACCGAUGCUAAUCCUGCCUCUAGGACUGAAUUUACACAAGCCUCUCCAGGGAAGUUAUCCAUUGAAAGUCUUUGGUGUAAAGCUAAUGAACUGGAAGGGCCAAAUCUCCUUGAAGAUGUCAGUUUUGAGGUCCCAGAAAAGAGUAUAACAGUCGUUACUGGUGAAGUGGGGAGUGGAAAAUCUACACUGCUAGCUGCUAUUGCAAGAGAAAUCGUCGCGUUCAGUGGGAACAUUACCUACUCCGGAACUGUGGCUUAUGUCUCUCAAACUGCUUGGGUUUUCUCUGGAACACUCCGAGAAAAUGUUUUGUUUGGUAAGCCUUUCGAUGAUAAAAAAUACAGCAGUGUGAUUCAAGCUUGUGCACUAUCUGACGACAUUCACAGGUUUCCCAAAGGUGACCUCGUAUUUGUUGGAGAACACGGUGUCGUGUUGAGUGGCGGUCAGCGAGCUCGUGUCAAUCUGGCUCGUGCAGUGUACGCAGAUGCAGACAUGUAUUUGCUAGAUGAUCCUUUGAGUGCAGUGGAUUCCAAAGUUGGUGAACACAUAUUUAGUCAGUGCAUUUGUAACUUGUUAAAGGAUAAAACAAGAAUUCUAGUCACAUACGCAGAGAGGCAUCUCAGAAUGGCUGACCAUGUUGUGGUUCUCAACAACGGAUCCGUUUCAGGACAAGGUACCUUUAGCGAUUUGAAAGAAAGCGGAUUAAUGUUUGAUACUAUCAUAGCUGGAUCUGCUGCAAUAGAAAAGAAUACCAGCACUGCAGAAAAAGAAUCUAACUUGCGAGAUAAAGAAUUCCGAGGCCAAUUUGAGGAGCAUUUGUCUGUUACCCAAGAAGAUACUACAACUGGAGAAAUUUCCUCCUCGUUAUACUGGAACUAUUUUAGAGCCGGAAUGCAUCCAUUAUUUAUGAUUAUUCUAUUUUUAAUUUUUCUUAUAACACAAGCUCUUCUUGUGUCACCCGACAUCUGGCUUUCAGUGCUCACUACAAUUCCACUUUUAUCGGAACAACAAUCAUUCUCCACAUUGGGUAUUUACGCCGCUCUUGUGACAGGCGCUUUUGCUAUGGUCAUUAUACGUGCCAUCAUAUUCUUCAGUGUCUCUCUCAGAUCCUCUAAAAACCUGCACAACCACCUUGUAACCUGUUUACUUAAAGCGCCAGUGUUAUUUUUUGACACCAAUCCUGCCGGACGCAUCUUAAACCGAUGUUCUAAGGACAUUGACUGCAUGGACGAGUUGCUUCCCAAGACGUUUCUAUCAGCCAUCCAGUAUCUUUUGUUUGUAUCCACAGCCAUGUUGCUACCCUUGUUUACGAAUGUUUGGCUCUCCAUUGUUUCGGUUCCAGCUGUGGUUAUAUUUCUAAGCUUAGCUUGGUUUUACCUGAAGAGCUCCCGUGAACUCAAGAGGCUCGAGGCCAUUUGUCAAAGUCCAGUUUUCUCGCACUUUUCAGAAACCAUGAUCGGUUUAGAUACAAUUCGUAGUCGGAACAGAGAAGAAGAUUUCAUCGAAGAUUUUUAUAGGCACCAAGAUUUACACAAUCGAGCAUUUUCCAUGGUUUUAGCCAGUACACGGUGGCUUGGUUUCCGUGCUGAUGUACUUUGCGCGACAUUAAUAACUGCAGUGGCAUUCGCUUCUGUUCUUGCUUCUCAAAACCCAGCUUUAGCUGGUCUGGCACUCGCUUAUGCUAUCGAUACGGCAAAAAUAUCCCAAAUCGCUGUUAGACGAUAUGCUGGUGUUGAGAAUCUUAUGACGUCUGUCGAGCGAGUCCUGGCGUACACUCGCCUCAACACAGAGCCAGGAUACACCACCAAAACACUUCCUCCGAAAAACUGGCCACAUGACGGUCAUGUGAGUUUUAAGAAUGUUUCCAUGAGGUACUAUCCAGACGGACCGGUAGUGCUAAAAAAAUUAAGUUUUGAAAUCCAGGCAAGGAGCAAGUUGGGAAUCGUAGGUCGGACGGGAGAUGGGAAGUCGUCCAUUGUAUCAGCUAUUCUACGCAUGCCUGAGACUGAAGGAGAGAUAUUCAUCGAUGAUGUGUGUAUAGAAGAUAUUCAACUUCAGGAAUCACGAAAAUGUAUCUCUGUCCUCGGACAAUCGCCUGUUCUCUUCAGCGGAUCGUUAAGAAAAAACCUGGAUCCGUUGGGGGAGUACUCAGAUGACGAACUAUGGACUGCCAUUAAAGAGGUGAAACUCACCAGCUUGGUCGAAAAUCUAGACGGUCAGCUUGAUCACAAACUUUUUGAGGGAGGUGAAAACUUGAGUACUGGUCAGCGGCAAUUGAUAUGCUUGGCUCGCACUCUGCUUAAGCGAAGUAAGAUCGUUAUUUUGGAUGAACCGACAGCUUACGUGGAUCCAAAUACAGAGAAAAUCAUCUGGUCAACUGUGCACGAGAAAUUGAAUAACUCAACUGUCAUUAUCAUUGCUCAUCGUUUAAAUACUGUUCGAAACUGUGACAGUAUCUUAUUGUUAGAAGAAGGCCAGAUUGCUGUUCAGGGAACCUUUGAUGCACUCGUAGGAUCGCAUAAGGAGUGAUGAAUGCGAUUUAUUUUCAGUCGCCGCUAUGUAGUCAAAGCAAGCCCUGCAAAAGCUUUAAUAAAAGCACAUGUAUGAUAAAGUAAGGGAUUAGAUUCUUCCCUCUUAAUUCUAAUUUCAACUUAUCACUUUCACCGAAGCGGAAGUUUUUUUGGUAUUUAAUGAAGAAUAAAAAUGGAUCAAUUGUCGCUUAAAAUCUCAGUUGUGAUUGGGUACUGCAAUAUUUAGUAAGAUAUCGAGGAAGUUACCUUUACUAUCAAUGUUGUUUUAUAAGGUUGUUCCUUGAGAAAUAAAUAUAACGUUAGGCUCAAG